AUGAAUGCACACGAGGGCGAGAAACAAGAUCCAUCACGAAGCCCGUCAUGGCUGCAGCCAUUUCAGGAGGCGGAAAUGCGCGCGCAACUAGCCAAGUCAGGAGUUACCUUCACGAGCUCCUACGAAGCAGCAGCAAGGCAAGUGCGGCUGGGUCAACUGGUGGAGGAGGAGGAUCGACUUACCGAGUUGAGACUGUCGGAACCCAGCAACUUGACGCCAAGGACGCGAUCUCAGCGAGCUGAGGAGGUCCAACGACGCUUGCAAGCAUUGAGGGAGAGGGUACAGAAGAGCAACAACGCUAUAAGGAAGCAGAUCGAGGAGUCAUGUCCAGCAGAGGCUCUGACGGAGCGGUACAGCCAGGAAGAGGUGCACAAGCGGAUAGAGAAGCUCAAAGUCCUGGCAAGAAAGUUGGAGGGAGCGAACAGGACCGAGGAGCUGCCUACUGCGGACAUGCUGAGGCAGCUUGUGCAGAAGAAAGUCUCGCGAGAGACUUCCAGUGACGACAUGAGCGGGUCGACAGAAACCACCGACAGGCAGAGAGGCAUCGCAAGGAUGUGCUGCGGAACUUUCUUCUUGUAG